GCAAGACUCACUAACAACCCGUACACUUCAGCUGAGCUUAGCACAACAACCUUAAAUCGCUGUUUCUGCUCGAACAUUCUCUCGUGACAUCCGUACCUCAUUGUCCCUCUCCGUUCCAAGUCAAUUGGCACAACAGCUGCCCCUCGUACCCCACCACGGCCGACACCAUGGCAGACCCCGUGGCGAUCCAGCAGGAGAUUGCUGAUAUUGAGAAGAGGAUCGAAGAAGCACAAGCACAACUCAAGGAUGCAAAGUCAAGAUUACAAAAAGCUCAAGAGGCGUCGUUCGUCAACCCUGGUGCGAACAUGUCUGAGGAAGAGAAGAUGGCGCUCAUCAAGGUCAACUUGGCCGAGGUGCUGAACCCAGAGAUCAUGGACGAGGCGCUGAAGAAGCAAGGGCACUUGAAGGUUUACUGGGGUACUGCGACAACAGGAAGACCUCAUUGCGGUUACUUCGUACCUAUUCUCAAGCUCGCGCAAUUCCUCGCGGCAGGCUGCCACGUCAAGAUCCUCCUCGCUGACAUCCACGGCUUCCUCGACAACCUGAAAGCUCCAAUCGAGCUCGUCAAGUUCCGCGCAGAGUACUACCGCUACACCAUCACCGCACUGCUCAAGGCCGUCAAGGUGCCAAUCGACAAGUUGGAGUUUGUGCUAGGAUCGAGCUACGAGUUGAACUCAGACUACACCAUGGAUCUCCUGAGACUCGCAAGUAUAACAAGUGAGGCGGCGGCGAAGAAGGCAGGCGCAGAGGUUGUCAAGCAAACAGAGAACGCGCCUUUGAGUGGACUCAUCUACCCACUCAUGCAGGCCCUUGACGAGCAGUACCUCGAUGUAGACGUCCAGUUUGGAGGUGUAGACCAGCGCAAGAUCUUCGCGCUCGCAAAGGAUGUCCUUCCCAAGAUCGGCUACAAGGAGCGCGCACAUUUGAUGAACCCCAUGGUUCCCGGUCUACAAGGAGGAAAGAUGAGCUCUUCGGACCCCGACUCCAAGAUCGACGUACUAGACGACGCAGACGUCGUGAAGCGCAAGCUUAAGAAAGCCCACGCCGCACCCAAGGUCGUCGAAGACAACGGUGUACUCAGCUUCGUCGAAUACGUCCUCCUUCCCGCCGGCCACCUCAUCUACGGCGAGCCCAAAUUCGUUGUCAAGCGCCGCGACGCCGAGCCCCUCACCUACACAGACAUUAAGAAGAUGCAAGAAGACUACUCCAACGACAUCCUUACACCUCAAGACCUCAAGCCCGCCGUCACAGAAGCACUCAACGCGCUUUUGGAGCCAGUGCAGAAGGAGUUCCAGGCUAACCAGGCAUGGAAGGAUAUCGAGCAAAAGGCUUACCCACCACCACCUGUCGUUAAGAAGGAGAAGAAGGUCAAGAACAAGGGUACUUUCCACCCCAAGCGCAACGUAGAGGCCAAGCCAGAUGGACAUGUCGAGGGUGAGGAUAAGGCCAAGGUUGAUGUUGGAACUGAGGGCGGAGACAAGGCUAUUGAGGGUCUGACGCUAGAAGAGAAGAAGUAGACGAGUUGGAUAUGAGGAUUUAGUGAUACCGCGUAGAUGCAACAUAUCAAUUGCAUCCGCCACUUGUCUAUGCUUGGGUGUCUUAUGUGAUCUUGACUCGCUGUACACACCGAUUCACAUCAUGAUCUAGUACGAUCGAGCCUGAACACUUAUAGCACGGCACAAACCUACACACGUACAAUUCGAUUCAAC